CGUUCCUCUCGGGACUCGGGAGUUGCGGAUCAGCACAAGGAGUUCCGGGGCCGGGCAGUUGUUUUUAAAUCAUGGCGACCGGACGGUGCCCGAGCUCCGGCUCCCCGCUGAGGAUAAUACCAGUGCUGCUGGGACUGGUUCUUGUCACGGCUCCGCUCGCCCAGGCCAGGCAGCUCCGUUUCGUUACCUUGGUUUAUCGACAUGGCGAUCGAUCUCCAGUGAAGACUUACCCCAACGAUGCGCAUCGAGAGAGCGCCUGGCCCCAGGGCUUCGGUCAGCUCACACAGAUUGGGAUGAGGCAGCACUGGGAUCUGGGACAGGAGCUGAGGCAUCGUUACAAAGGAUUCCUUAAUGAGUCUUACAGCAGACACGAGAUUUACGUACGGAGCACGGACAUUGACCGUACCCUGAUGAGCGCAGAAGCCAACCUUGCCGGUCUGUACCCUCCGGCGGGUUCCCAAGUGUUCAACCCCAACAUAUCGUGGCAGCCGAUCCCUGUGGACACCGUGCCGGAUUCUCGGGACCGGCUUCUGAAGUAUCCUAUUCUUCCCUGCCCCAAGUACCUACAGCUGCAAGAGGAAACCCGUCACUCCUCGGAGUACAUCAAAAAAACCAAAGACAACUUAGAGUUUCUCCAGAUGGUGGCGAACGAAACUGGAUUAUCUGACUGCUCCCUGGAAUCCGUCUGGUCCAUCUCCGACAUCCUAUUCUGUGAGAAAACGCACAACAUGUCUCUCCCGUCCUGGGCGACCCCCGAGGUCCGGGCUCGGCUCAGCGACUUAAAGGAUUUCAGCUUUAGAUUUCUCUUUGGGAUCCACAAGCAGGUCCAGAAGGCUCGUCUACAGGGAGGUGUUUUGGUGCAUCAGAUCCUGAAGAACAUGGCGGCCGCACACAACACGUCCAACGAACUCAAACUCAUCGCAUACUCUGCACACGACACCACGGUGGGAGCUCUGCAGAUGGCACUGGACGUAUACAACGGCAAGCAGGCCCCUUACGCCUCCUGCCAUAUCUUUGAACUGUUUGAGGAGGGUCCUGGGAACUUCACGGUGGAGAUGUAUUUUAGGAACGAGAGUGGAAAUCCGCCGUACCCUUUGACGCUCCCUGGAUGUGACCACACUUGCCCCUUCCAGGAUUUCCAGCGUUUGCUGCAGCCCGUGAUCGCAGAAAACUGGGAGAAAGAGUGUCAGAUUGGUGAUACUACCAGCGACACAAGGGUUAUCAUAGGCCUGGUCGCUUGUGGAUGUAUCCUGCUCCUCCUCGUGGCCCUGCUCCUCACCGUCCUUUUGCGUCAGAAGUCCCAGCCUGCUGGCUACCAUCACGUCUCGGAUGCCUUGGAAGAACAGACCUAAACGUUCACAAGGUUUCAUCGUCCUAGGAUCGUCUCUCUGUGUUUUUAGAUGUCGUCGAUGCUGGUGGCGACCACCAACAGGAAACAAAUGGAGUUUUUUUUAACUAUGAUUUUAAUGUCUUUUUAUGCUCGGGAUCAACCAGACACGUGGGAAAUUUUAACGUUCAUUCAGGAAACACAUUGGCAACACAACAAUGCAAUAUUUCCGAGAUGGAAUCAAACUUCACAUAGAUAGUACAGAAUCCAUUGCAAACCAGGAUACCGGAUCACUUGCAGUAACCAAUCGGAUACCCUUUGUUUUUACGGACUUGGCCUAUUCAGUCGUUUCCAUACGGACAUCGAAACGCAGAUCUGAUUUUCAAGGAAAAUCACGGAUAACUGAAACCUUAGCCCUCCUGGAUGAAAGACACCAAACAAAAAAAAAAAGCCAGCGUGAAUCACUAGAGUUGUGUCAAAGCAGAAGAAGUGGAGCCAGAGGACAAAAUUUUAGUUCUAGUUAAAUAUGGGAUGGGAUUAUAAAGCAUCGGUGGAGGAUCAAAGCACGUAAAUAACAGAUCUACAACGCGACUCUACCUGUGAAGGAUCCGUUAUCUGUUUUAUGAUUUCUUUCGGUUAUUGCUUUAGUAAAUCGUACGUGUUUAUACAACUUCUGCAUAGUGGUGGAUUGUAGAACUUUCUGUUUAAUGAUGGGCUGGACCCCAAAAGCAAAUCCGUUCAGACGCUGUAAGCCCUCGCCGCAGAGGGAGCUGUCCAGUUAAAUGCUAAAGCCAUUUUCAGCUUCGUUAAUUAAGACCAGUUUAACCAUAUUCUCAAUUACCAGCUUCGGCUUUGUUUUUGGCAGAGGCGGCCAACAGGUAGAACCCUCACUGCUGCUGAACUAUCAUAAUACUUUACCAGCAUUCUAGGAAUUGUUGUGGAUCAUGGUUUAGUGAGUGGAUCCCUGUAUGUUGGACUUUUUUCCUUAAUUAUAGUUUUUUCGGUAACAGAGCAAGCUAGGGAUUGUCAUCACGGAAUACAUUGCACUUGAUUUUCUCUCUUCCCUUAAAGCGAGAAGAAACAGCUAACAAAGCAGGAGUUUAAUGCCACGUGAAGUAUUGUUAUAUGCUGCAGUAGCCUCAAGUUGCAUUUAAAAAGAUCAAGAAUAUAACAAAGCCCUUUGGUAAGGCGUCCAGGGAACAAUCAGCUGGGAGAUUUAAAAAGCUGGUCGUUGUUCCUAUCGAUAUAGAGUAGAUGGCUCUGCAUUAUACUUCAUGGAAACAAACUGAGCCUAAUUUACCCUAUGUAAUCUUUCCUGCCAAUGUCUUUAAUAUGGACAGUUGCAAUCUUGUAUGGAAUACGAACUGGGGUACUAAAACACUAAGGGGGGGUGGUAGACACAUUCUUUGGCAGGCAUCAGGUAAUUUAAUACUUCUAAUGUGGUAUAUUAGCUGUAAAGCUUCCUCCGUCCUUUUGUAUUGGAGCGCAAACAAAGCAAAGAAGACUGGUCGUUGUAGUUUGACGGGGCCUUUCCAUCACUACAGUUAAGCUGGUGGACUGUUAUUUGCACAAUGAUUUUACCAUUUUUGUUUUAAUUGUAUUCAAAUCAGUCUCUUACGAAAUAAAAGCUGGGAUAAAUCAGAAAUAA